AUGAACCCGGCUGUCUAUAAUGGGAAUAAAUUACGAUGGAAAUUCGAUUCUAUGAGCACUUUAAGCACGGGUGGAACAUAUAGUACAGACUUUGUUAUUGGACCAACAACAUGGUUAGUAUCAUAAAUACAUUUUCUUUUAUAAAUGUUUAAAGGUGGAGUCCGAGCAAAAAAAUAAGUUGUGCUCACUUGAAGGAGCAUGUUCUAAUUAGUACAUCCCUCGAAGGAUUUUUCAUGAAAAUCGGUAAUGACUGAUAAACACAGCGCCAAACUACUUGCAUAUUUGCAUUUUUGCAUUUUCUCAAGCCAUUUUACACGGUGUUUCACUAUUUUUCGAAUUUUGUAAUUUUUUAACCAAUGUUUGAGAAGCUUCCAGAAAAAAUCCUUCGAGGAUUGUGCUAAUUAGAACAUGCUCUUUCAAAUGAGCACAACUUAUUUUUUGCUCGGACUCCACCUUUAAAUAAUUUUUAGGAGAAUCUUUAUUAAACGGAUGAACUCUGAUUUUGGACUUUCUCUACAUCUCGCAUCGAAUUCAUCAAAUGAUAAAAGUUGGCUUAUUGAAGCUGAUGCGGAUUUAAAAGUUUUGAAACAAACUGAUGAAGGAGAUGUUCUAACAAGAAGUUACAAGCAUUGUUUUCUCGGAAAUCAACAAUGGGGAUGGUCAAAAUUUGAAACGUGGCAAACUAUUUCAUCUGCAAAAUAUAUGGAAAACAAUUCGAUCACAAUCGAUAUUGAUGUUGAUAUCAAAGUAUACGAUUUCUCACAAAAAAUCCCGAAUUUUACGGAUUUAACAAUAAUUGUUGCGGAAACUGAAUUUCCAAUUAAUAAAGGAGUGAGUUUUUUCAACGAAAAUUAAAUGAAAUAUCACUUUUUUACAGGUUCUCUGCUCAAAAUCAAAGUUUUUCUAUAACUUGUUCAUUACUGAAAACUUCGAACAAAACAUCUACAAAAUUGAUGAUAUUUCACUGAAUGAUUUUCGCAUGUUUAUUGCAUUUUUCUAUCCAGUUUUCGAUUGUGUUGAAAGUAAGUUGAUUUGAUUUUGAAAAAAAAACCCAAUAUUUCUUAAGCCUCCAACUACUCAAAAAUGAUCGAAUUAGCAAGAAAAUAUGAGGUCGGAGAUAUCCAUCAAAAAUGCGAGAAUUUCUUGAUCUCAAAUGAGAGUACUAAUCUUCUCAAUAAAUUCAAAUAUGCUGACAAAAAUGAUUAUGGAAAACUUAUGGUAACUACUUUUAUUAUUAUUAUCGAAAAUCUCAUCGGUACUCCACGCGCUCCACCGAAAUAAACACACAACGCAGACCGCGUCGCGCCACAACACACACAAAUAAGGGAACGAUUCAAAUUCCCAACCUUUUUUGUGUGUGUUGUGGCGCGGCGCAGUCUGCGUUGCGUGUUUAUUUCGGUGGAGCGCGUGGAGUACCGAUGAGAUUUUCGAUAUUACUUUCCAAGCAAAUUCGAAUCUUUCAGAAACACUGUGUAUCGCAGUUGAAAACCGGCGAAGAAAUCAAGAAAAUCAGAAAAACUGUUGAAUUUGAGAACUUCAAGGAUACCACAAAACUUCGAAUUUUGAAUCGAUUCUUGGAUUUUUACUAA